AUGAUUCAUUCAAAAAAAGUACUUUUUAAUAUUAAGUUGAUUUCUUCACAUUGGUAUUCUGAAGAAGAUCUUGUAACAAUUGAUAAAAUUCAAAGAUUAUUAGUUCAGGUAGUACAAAAUAAGAAUGAACUAAUUUCAACUAGUAUGUUUCAAGUAUUAGAAAAGAUUCGUGAACAAGAUAUUGAUAUUAGAAGUAUUGUAAAAUUAGAAUUAAAAAG